AUGCUGAAUGACGUUAAUCCGUAUGUGAAGAACUUCAGGACAGCAAAAGAUAGGUUUCAAACAGACCAAGAACAACCUUUUCAUAUGAGAAUUGUUUCUGACCGUGUUGGAGUUGAUGGAAGAACUUACGGUAUGUCUACAGCAUCAGAGGUUGCUGCACUAAUACCUGGUGAUUUUCAAAGAGAAAUACCUUCACGUGAUAUAGUUAUAGAGGAAAAAUCUACUGGUCACCUAAAGAGGAUAAGUGAAGUUCAUAUCUCAUAUUUGGCACUAAAAUAUCCGCUAAUUCUUUGUUAUAGUGAAGAUGGUUUCAUACCUGGCAUCGAAAAAUGUUUUAAAGGAGCAAACAACGCCAAGAAGAAAAAGAAGUGUAUUAGUAUGAGACAGUGGUUCGCAUUAAGGAUUCAAGAGAGGGAUAAUGAGUGUCAUACGCUUCUACAGUCAAAGAGGCUAUUCCAACAAUUUUUGUGUGAUGCUUACACAACCAUUGAAACAAACACUACAAGAAUAUUGACUUUUCGUAGCAUCUGA